CGAGCACGCGGGUGUGCAAGGGGCAGGCAGGCAGUGUGCGCGUCUCCCCUUUCCUUUUGGGUGUGCAGCACAUGCCUUCUCCAGGUGCAAAACUAUCCCACUCCUCUCCCUUUUGCAAAGGUGGCCCAACAAUGCCGAGCAUAUUUUCCUACCAGAGCGCCGAAGUUGACUGGUGUGAAGGCAACUUUGAGCGCUUGACGGUCAUUGCGGAGUACUACAACACUCUGAGUAUCAGCAAUGUAAGCUUCUUUGUCCUUUCUCCUGCCCUGGUCUACCUGAACCAGCAGUACCGUCAGCAGCGCGCCUUGCCCUUGUAUUUCUUCUCUGGCCUGCUCUUCUGUGUAGGUAUCUUCUCCAUGUACUUUCACAUGACCCUGAGCUACGUGGGACAACUCUUGGAUGAGCUCUCCAUCCUCUGGACAUUGGCUGUGGCAUAUUCCUUUUGGUAUCCCAGGGUUUACUUCCCCAGGUUCAUCAAGAGCAGGAAGCAUUUCUUCUGGUUGAGCGGCGUCACCACUGUGAUCAUCACUACCUUGAUGUCCUUCGUCAAACCAGCAUUCAAUGCCUACGCACUCAACUGCAUUGCCUUCCACCUGCUGUACCUGACAUGGUGUGAGCUGAAAAAGUGCAAUGACAAGAGGGUUCACCGGACGGCCGCAGCCAUGGUCCUGUGCUGGGUACUGGCCAUCAGCAGCUGGAUAAGCGACAGGUGGCUCUGCGGACUCUGGCAGUCGAUCAACUUCCCCUACUUCCACAGCUUCUGGCAUGUGCUGAUAGCCAUGUCCCUCCUAUACUGCUGCCCACUGGUCGUCUACUUUGACGUCAACUACGAGAUGCCAUCGUUCAAGCCAAAGCUAGGAUAUUGGCCCAGCGACUCUUGGCCUGUUGUGGUGCCUUACAUUGCCCUGGAGGAACCCUACAAGCAGUGCUAGAGCCGGUUGCCCUCAGGCAUCCCUCAGGCACGGGGUGCGUGAUGCACACGUGUGCGUCUGCAUGGGGAACACCUCGGCUGUGCGCCUGUUCCUCGGACAAGGGCAAUGUGGCUAGAGGAUGGGGCAUGAAGCAGGGUGGGAGCCCACACGUGCCUUGGAAGACUCUGCCCG